AUGAAUCACGUACCUUCUGAUCAGAGCUUUUACAUUGAGAGCGAAGAAGAAGAUGACAGGAAAGAUUACGAGGAAGAAGAUGGUGAUCAAAGCCAUUCUGAUUCCUCUGAUGAUAACCAGACUCAGGCUAAGCCUAGCUCAUACACCACCGCUUGGCCACAGAGUUACAGGCAGUCGAUUGAUCUUUACAGUAGUGUACCGUCUCCAAGUAUUGGUUUCCUUGGAAACAGUUCCAUGUCGAGAUUCGGAAGCUCUUUCAUGUCCUCUUCACUGAUAAGAAGACACACUCCGGAAUCAUUACCUGCUGUUACAAAACCUCUGCUCUCACCACAAGCUGAUGAACAACCACCACCACCACCAAAACGCAGACUUAGCUCUCAUGGCUUGCUCUCUCCUGUUCCUUCUAGGAGAGGUUCAAUGCGAAAAGACGAGAAAGGAACCAUGGUCUCUCAUGAGAUUCCUAUGUCUCGCAAUAGCUCAUACGGACAAGCUGUUCUUAAUGGAUUAAACGUUCUAUGUGGAGUUGGGAUACUAUCAACGCCUUAUGCUGCGAAAGAAGGAGGAUGGUUAGGGCUAAUGAUACUGUUUGUAUAUGGUCUUCUUUCUUUCUACACCGGAAUCCUCUUGCGUUAUUGCUUGGACAGUGAGUCUGAUCUCGAGACUUAUCCCGACAUUGGCCAAGCUGCGUUUGGUACCACCGGACGUAUCUUUGUCUCGGCGUGCUGUGUUGAAUAUAUAAUAUUGGAGAGUGAUAAUUUGUCUUCAUUAUUUCCAAAUGCUGCCUUAAGUAUUGGAGGAUUUGAGUUAGAUGCUCGCCAUCUAUUUGCAUUGGUAACCACUCUCGCUGUUCUCCCCACCGUUUGGCUCAGAGAUCUCAGUGUUCUGAGUUAUAUCUCAGCUGGAGGAGUGAUUGCAUCAGUGCUAGUGGUUUUGUGUCUGUUUUGGAUUGGUAUAGUAGAUGAAGUUGGAAUUCACAGUAAAGGAACUACACUGAAUUUGUCAACAUUACCAGUAGCUAUAGGGCUUUACGGUUACUGCUACUCAGGACAUGCUGUGUUUCCCAAUAUUUAUACUUCUAUGGCGAAGCCAAAUCAAUACCCUGCUGUUCUCUUGACAUGUUUUGGUAUUUGUACUCUGAUGUACGCCGGCGUUGCUGUUAUGGGUUAUACAAUGUUUGGAGAAUCAACACAAUCACAGUUUACUCUCAACUUGCCUCAGGAUUUGGUUGCAACUAAGAUUGCCGUGUGGACUACGAACUGCAUUGGUCUUCUCUACUCUGGUUGUCGGUCUUUCAAUUCCCUUCUUUGGUCUUGUCAUGUCAUUGAUUGGAUCAUUGUUGACAAUGCUCGUCACACUAAUACUUCCGCCAGCUUGUUUCUUGAGCAUCUUACGGAGAAAAGUGACCCGGACACAGAUGAUGCUGUGUGUCUUGAUCAUCGUAGUAGGAGCGAUAUCUUCCGUCAUUGGCUCAUAUUCAGCUCUCUCUAA